UAACAGACUGUGAACAUGGCGUCUGCUGAGCAAGAAGGAGAGCACACUCUGACGGAAGAGGAGGAGGCAGCCAUUUCAGAUAAGGAAUCCACAUGGCUAGGUCAACUAUACUACGUGCAUGUGUAGCCAUGUAACAGGUCACAGAAUGUUCUCUAUCGUGUCAUAAACCUAUUAACAUUAAUUUAUUUCACUAGCUAGAUGUAGUCUUAGAAACCGUUCCCAAAUGGUUACCCCUUACUCUCUAUUACUAAUUCACUUGGACUAAGAAUAUAUUUCGUUAAAACCUUUUUGCAAACCAUUUACAAGUUAGUUUUCAUAGCUUCCAUUAAGACAUUUUGUUUUUACAAUGGUGGUAAAAAUUUGGCGAAAAUGGUUCGGUCCAAUUAAAUAUAUUCAUGAGUUAUUUGUCAAUGUACUUUAUGUGAAAAAUGACAAUAGAAGAAAUCAUAUUUGAUGCAAACUGUUUUAUUUUGGAGCAUUACUAUUUUAAUGUAACAUCUAAGCAAUGACAAACUAUUUUUUUCGAAACGAGCCCGCUACAUUGUUCGUUAGGAGUCCGUGUUUCUACUUGUCACAUCGUUCUAAUUCCUAACCUGUCUAACACCCAUCACGUGACCUUUUCGUCACGUGGUCUUGUCCAUGUUCUGUGUUGUCACGUGACAGAGAAAGAAGAAAGAAAAGAUGAGACUCGGGGCCCGAGAAUCUCUCAAGCAAAUCCAGGACUUGCUCGCCCAGUAUGACGCCGAGGCAGACAAAGUAGUCUCAAUUUUUAAAAGGCAGGAGUUCAAGCAGGAGAUCAUCCAGUCUUUGAAGAUGGUUAGAAAGAUCAUCGAGACGUACGACGAGGAGAUCGCUGCCCUCAGGAAGAAAAGGCUUGAGAGGAAAAAUGAGCAAGCGAUGUGGCUGGAGAGAAUCACGAAGAAUGAAGAAGAGAGGAAGAGAAGACAACGGGAAGAGAACGAAAGACUAAAAGCACAGAGAGAACAAAAGAAAAAGGAGAGAGAGGAGAGGCAACGCGCCAUGAGGAACCCCAACGCGUACAAGAAUGUUGUUCAGGAUGAGAGGAUAAGGUUCGCCAGGAUGACGGUUGAAGAGCUCGCUAGAGAGAAAGAAGAGACCUUGGCUAAACGAGCCCCAGCCAUCGAUAUUGAUUCCCUGACGUCGGAGGAAGCCAUGAAGGAAGCAGCACGUGAUCUUUAUGCUAAGAUCGUCAAAGCUUUCGGCAACCUCUUUGAUCUACAGGAGAAAGAAAAGAGACAGAAAUAUGAUAUUAAGGAACUCAAUACACGUAUCGCCGCUUUGCAAGCUGCUAAGGUGAAAUCUACAUCGGAUGGCAAGAUAAAGAAGAUAUCUCUACCGUUCGGAGAACAGGAGGCCGCUGAAUAGCCUGGUGCACUCAACGUCUUGUUGCCAUGAAUGAAUGGACGAGGAAAGAAC